AUGGAGCAGAUCUCGUCCCUCGUGAGCGGUGAGGAGUACGCGCGCAGCUUCAAUCCGGGCCUCUACAGCUGCGCUCGCUGCGGGCACGCGCUGUACGCUCACACAUCCAAGUUUACUGGACCCUGCUUAUGGCCUUCUUUCCGCGCGCCACUGGAGGUCAGCAGCCUUCACACGAUCGCGGUGGCGCAAGGCGCGUACAAUCACUACAGCUGCAGUGUGGUGGAGCUCUACUGCGCAGGGUGCAGCCUCUUCCUCGGGCAUGCGUUUGAGGACGGCGCCACGACCGGCGAUACCCAUCCUGAUGCGCGUUGGCGCCAUUGCGUGCUCUCGCUCUCUCUGCAGUUCGCUUAG